AGGAAUGUGUUUUACAACCAUGGGCAAGCAAAUCUUGUUGGAAUAAGAUUAUAACUGCAACUUUAGAAUUAUGUUCAGUAGCCCAUACAUAUGCUAAUUAUUUAGAGUCAGUUAAUCAGCAUGUUCAGAGAAUUCAAUCUGCAUCCAUAUCAGCUCGAAGUCCUGAAGAAAAUAGUGAGCUUGAAAUGCGAUCUUCAUAUGCAAUAAAUACUAUACAAAAAAUUUAUUUUUCAAUUGCUGAACGAAUUAGAGUAGCAAAUGAAUAUGAAAUUAUAUCACUUGAAGAAUUCUUACCUGAAACUAAAGAGAAACGAUUUCACUAUUUAUCAAAUUUUGCUAUUAAUUCAACAAUUAUGUAA